AUGGUGGAGUACGAGCAUCAUCUAGCCUACCAAGGCCCGUUCCAGGGCCGGAUUGGAAGGUGGGUCGGCGGCAUUGGAAGGACUUGUGGUUGCUGGGACGAUGUCUUGGACAACCAGGAGCCUGUCCUGGGCCGUCCAGAGGUCUGGCGCCCUGGUGACGGAGGUCGUCCAGAGGCCAGCCCCAGGCAGGAGACCUGGCCAAGUUGGCGCACGGUGGAUGCAACCACGGCCUACAUGGAGCAGAGAUCCUCGCGACUUCGCUAUGGAGCGGGCCGCGGAUAG